CUAUCGGCCGAGAACACUGCUACUGCCCCAGUGACAUUUCCCGCGUUCCGCAACUACACGCAGAUCAAACAUGACUUGGAACACAAUUUUUGCUCUGGCAAUUUACGGCCUCACAGCGGUUUGUAUGUUGCCAGCGUCUUCCGCUCAGGAUCUCUCGCAAUACGACAGGUCUCCGGCAGUGUCCGAUAGUCAAAGUGGGUGGGAUGCACUCGGUGGACUGUAUGCGUUGCUCGCCCAACACGAUGCCUUGGACGGUCAUGCACUUGCGCGCAAGUCUGUGCGCUCGCCUUCCCGCCGCCUGCGCUUCGGUCGCCGCUCAGACCCUGAAUUGCCUGCUCAAGCACCCCUUGAUGAAAUGGACGAACUCUUGUCCCUGCGUGACGUGCGCACACCUGUACGUCUACGUUUCGGACGCCGCUCCGACGAGCGCGCCGUGCCUCACGUCUUUCCCCAGGAGGACCAAGACCGGGCCGUGCGAGCUCCGUCGAUGCGUCUCCGCUUCGGUCGCCGCUCCGACAACAAUAUGUUCUUAUUACCUUACGAGUCGGCUAUACCUAAAGAAGUGAAGGCGAGCAGCUCGGAAGACGAAAGACAACAAAACUAAACUUCGAAUACAUACGCGUGCACUAGGUAAAUUAAUAUUUCUCCGCUCCAAAUAACUAAUAUUCAACAAGUCUACAUUUAAUGAUGACUGCUUACCCUAUCUUUUAAGUGUCAAAUUUUAAAUAUCAACAUUAGAUGUUAUUUAAUGUAAACGAUUAUAAACAUUAACUAUGUGUACAUAAUCCGAUACAUAAAUGUAUGUUGUAAAAGUUAUUCUAAAAUUUAAUGUAAUUCUCUGUUACUGAAGGAGUAUAAUUUUAUUGGCGUAUUCCGGUAUUUUUAAUUUCGUAUCUAUAUUAUUUUGUAGCGAAUAAUUAUACAUUUUUAGAGCUGGGUAAAUGUAAAAUUACUUCGCUACUUUAAUUCAGACUUCUAAGUAUUUGACAUGUUUG